GUCUAGAACGGGGCGGGACGGGGCAGGGGGGGUCGGAAGUAAAUACCCAUGCCCGCCCCACGCUACUGCUGAUCGGGUAAUACCCGCCCCAUCACGGGUUAGGUCGGGUAAUACCCGCGGAACGGGUUGAAAUUGUCAUCACUACGCAUACACCCUUAAGAUAUACAAGAUGAGAAUACGUUGGUUUGGGUAUCCUAAUUGAUACAUAUCUAACCAGAUUCUCUUUCUCUCAUACGUGCCCCCAUUCACUUUUUUUAAAAAAAAAGGUGAUUGGUCGUUUCAUUAAUAUGAAACACGAUGUACAAAGUUUUUUACAACAAUGAAAAGGAAAAUAACCAUCUGAAAAGAAUAUUGAAAGAGAAAAAAGUGGCCUAACAAGGCUCAAAGCAAAGAAGCUCACACCCUGGUCCAAAAACAAAUGGACAGCCCACCCCAAUCAACCCUACUUCAGCUGACCCAAUCAUUAAAAGAUGGCCACCAAUUGCAUCCUCCACCGCCGACCCAACCGUGUUACCUUCAGCUUUCACAUGGACACCCGCCGCCGUCGAGGAAUGAAGGGGACAACCGAUAAAAUCACCAGGCACCAACAACCCACUAGACCGACAAGUUACCGACGAAGGGAAGAAAGAAAGAACCAUCAGCGGGGAGAACUAUUCCCAGUGAGCUCCGAGAUCACAGCAAGAAGAACCAGAGAAACAAUCUUGGACCAUGGACAGAUGAAAGGCGAUCGAAUCGUCGCAAUCUGAGCAAUCGACUAGAACACAUCCUCAAGAGUGACUUCCUUGCUCACAAGCUCUCUGAAUCAUCAUCCAAGACAGCAUCUCCGAAUCAUCCCCAUUUAUGGAUGAAGCAUGUGGAGGUAGAUGAGGGAUCAGAGAGGAGCAAGCCAACCAAUCAAGAUUGGUCCCCUCAAACACCUACCAAGGACAUCCACACAAAUUUGGAAUUUGGUAGGGAACAAAAACAUCUCCACAAGGAUGGAGAAACAUCAUCACAAGGAUGGAGAAACCACAAACAUGAAAGGAGAAGAAGAGGAAACAAGUCUAGAUCCACGAAAACAAAUACCAAAACCAAACCACAAAGAUGAAAUCAGCAGAGAAAAGGGGGCAAAAAGUAAACAAAUAAAAAAGAAAAGGAAGGAAAACCGUGAACAUGAUGGAAUCACAGGAAAAGCAGAAGAAAUAUAGGGCUUGGGCCACCGUCUGUCAGCAGAGGUAGCCGACGGCAGCCCUUUAGAGAAGGGUGAAAGAGCUUCCUGUUAGAGAGGGGAGCGCAAAUAAUUUCAAAAUAAAGUAGGAGAGAGAGCCGCCCUCCGCGCCCCAUUCACUCGUUUCAAAUGGCAUGGGAACCCUUGGUCCAAGUGCUCAUUAUCUUGGUACGAUCUGAGCUCCUUGAAUGAAGUUUGGGUAAAUAUAAUAUAUUAGCCACAAUUAUUAUGAAGCGGGAAAUUAUAGCCACAACAAUGAAAAUUCAAAUUAUUAGCCAUAACUAUUGUUGCGACUCAAGAUAUGGCUAACUGUCUGGUACUGUUAUUGAAUUUUUUACGGAGAAGGUCACGUCAUCGGCCACAGCAGCGGCCACGUCGGAAUGCUUUUAAUUUAUAACUUUAAAACAUAAAAGUUUAGUCAAUAUUACUAAUGAACGUGUUAACAGAUAGUUAACAUUUGGAUAAUAAUUUGAAUUUCCAUAGUUGUGGCUAUAAUUCCCCGCUUCAUAAUAUUUGUGACUAAUAUAUUGUAUUUACCCUUAAAGUUUUCAAAAGAUGCAUACUUGUACUUAUGCAAGUGGCAUUGGUUGUCAUUUAAGCAUACCGUAUUCCAGUUGUACUGUCACCAUUUUCGUUCCCGGACCUAACGGUACAUUAUCCGUGCUACACAGCUGCUGUCAUCUUCUCCACUCUUGACUCGCCCUCAUUUUUUCACCUUCAUUUAUUCUUCCACUCUCUUUCAAGGGCAGCGAUGAGUGGCUGCAAACGAGUCGAGUCAAGUAUUUGCUUACAUUGAGCUCGACUCGUUUAUAAAGUUUUCAGGUCAAACUUGAAUUUUGAUAAUCUAGCUCGACUCGAAUAAAAAUAAUCCAACCGAACUCGGCUUUGUAAAGCUCGGGAAAUGCUUAUUAACAUAGCUUGACAAACUGAGUACAGGCUCGGCUCAAUAUGAGCUCGAUUUGAAAUCAUUCUUGGUGAAAAAUGUGUAAACAUAAGAAUUUAAAUGAUAAAAGAACACUGAAAAUUAAAAAUAACAGCUAACUUCAAUACACAUGUGUAUUAACA